CUUUUUCAUUUCAUUUUCUAUUUAAUUAAUCAAUCAUUUCCACCAAUUAUCUUAUUAAUGAUAUCAUAUUAAUAUCAACUUUUUAUCAACUACAAGUUGUUAUCUAUCAAUUAACAUCCGAUUCACUUAUUAUCUUUAAGCAGUUCCAUGGAUUCAUUGAAGUUUAUGUUUCUCUUUGACAACGAUGAACAAUUCAAGUGAUUUAACAUUUUCAUUUCUAUUUUCCAUUGGUUUUCACAAUCUUUUUACUCACAUAUAAGUCGAAACACAAUUUUACUCUUCUGUAAUUAUACUAUAAAUGGUGUUCUCUCUUUAUUAUCUCCAUAUAAAUGAAUUAUAAAAAAUUCUAUCAACAAUUAAUUGUUUUCUUCCAUCACCGAGUUACCUGUGUAUCCAAGUGACACCUUGAGUUAGAAAAGAAAACUAAUUCAUUGAGUUAAUUUUCUUCUUCACUUUUGUUCAUCAACAAUUUUCACUUGAUUGUUUUCCUCACCAUUUAUUCACAAUUAAGGUUUCUUUUUUCUGGUCUUCAUUAAUUUUCCACGAUCAUGCCUGGUUCUGUUUACUGUGGCUCAAUAUUAACCAUAUCAAGAUGUAACCUUUUCUCUCUAUUGUUAAUUUUCUUAUUAAUUAACUUUCCAACUGUAAAAAGCUUCUCUUCUUCUUCUGUGCUGUCUAAUGAAGUUGAUAAUGUUGAUCCUAAGAUUCAAAUGCCCGAUCAAACGUGUUAUAUUAAUAAGUUGUGCUACUAUCGACUGCCAAUUAGUCCAAUUAAAUUUGGGCUGAUAAAAAAUUUAACCAUCAAAGAGAUUGGCCAAGAUGGUUUACCCAAAUGGUUAAUAUUCAGGCUGGAAAAAGAUCACUGGGAAUUAAUUGGUUUCCCUCAAGAAAAUGACAAAGGUCUUGCAUGGUUUAUUUUAGAAACUGUGACUAAAAAUGAUACCAAAAUCAGUGAUGUUUUCAAUGUUGAAAUUACCGGUGCUGCACCAACAAAUUAUCAUAUUUCCCCCGUUAAUUGGCAUGAAAGACAAUGUACCAUUCGAGUGGUACCUAAAUUUAAUUCUAUUCUUGAUGUUUGGAACACCAUUUACUACCUCAUUCCAUCUCGUAUCAAAGAAGAGAUUAGAAUUGCAUCUAAAUUGGUUGAUAAUUCUAACCUUGGUGAAGACAAUGACGAUCCCAAUUUUAUUAUGGCCCGAUGGUCAUAUCCCAAUUUCGUUAUCAAACAAACAGACAUGGACAUUAGAAGUUAUCAAUUAGCCAUCGAGUAUCAAUAUUGUUCACCUGAACAUCCUCCUAGUGAUGAGUUCCAUUUGAAGCUUAAAAAGUUAGGCUUAGAUUUUCAAAAUAUUAUAAUUGAGGAACCAAGGAGACGAUUUCGAGAAGUUUCUGACAGGCCAAUUGGUGAAUUUUCAAUCGCUCCUAAUUCUCAUUCCGAAAAAAUUGUGCCUCUUUCAGCUAAUAAUGAUAAAGUUUUCCAUCCCCGAGAAUUACCCAGUAUCUUACCGACACCUUCUCUUUAUCCCGAUUUUAUGACCAUCUCAAGCACCUUAACCAACGGAAAUCCUGAUGACUACAAACUUGAACCAAGUACAUUAUCUCGAGAAGUUCCUACCUUAACUAGUCCCAGUGCUUUCCCAUCAUCUGUUUAUCCAGACAGUUUACCUUCAGCUACUCCCCGAAUGCCUGAUUCUGUUAAUACUGUAGGCGGUAAUGAUUUCUCAUUUCAUCCAAAACUCUACACCACACCUACCCCAACAAUUGAACCACCAAGUAUUUAUGAUGGUUUAUCAACACCAACACCAAUUCUUCCGAGUAUUAAAUUAUCCGAUUUAUCAUCAUCACUUGUCAUUCCUGAUAUUGGUCCAAUUGUUUCAUCAUCAAACGACAUUUUACCCACUCAAUCCUUGGAUUUAAAUAUAAUUACAAAAUCCAACACCAUUGAAGAUGAAUUUACAGUUAAACCACCUCGACCCGAAAUAACUGUUAAUAGUCGACCCGAACUUCGAGCUCGCAUUCCUAAACUUGCUCCGAUUGCCGGUAAAUAUUGGACCUUUAAGAUACCCGAUAAUACAUUUAUUGACCGUGAAGAUGGAUUAACGGAUAAACUUAGAUUAGGUUUCACUCGAGUGAGAUCAUCAAUGAAAGAUAAAUCAUCUAAAGAUUUUUGGAUACAAUUUGAUGCAGAAAAUCAAGUGCUAACCGCUUUCCCAACCGAUGAUGAUGUUGGUAUUUAUGAGAAUCAAUUUUACCUUGAAGCAGUUGAUUCUGGUGGUUUAUCCAAUUAUGAAAAUAUAACCAUUCAUGUGCGACAACACACAUCAUAUCGUAAAUUUCCCUACAAUAUUACAUUUUAUCGUGUUUAUUGGGAUCCUCUUAGAAUCACAACAACAAUUGAAGCUUUGAGAAACUUUGCUCAAAUAAUUUCCCAAGUAAAUGGUGAUUUUAACAUUGACAGUUUCAUCGUUCAACAUUUAACCAAGGAAACAAUUGAUGGUAAAGAUUAUUGGACAAUUGUAUCAACAAAUGAUUCAAUUCCAGCUUAUCCUUGUCCAACCAAGAAAAUUCAACAAUUAUAUAAUCGAUUAGCUGAUAAACCAUCUAAAGGUCAAUACGCUUUACCAAGUGAACUUUUAACAAGUAAAAUGAGUAAAAUGUUUACCAUUGAAGGUGUCGGUCUAUCAAUUAGCUGUUCUAAGCCAAACACUGCUGCCGAGAAACCCGAAUUACGUAAUGCAAUUGAUGAAUUACGUUUCCGUUUGGGUGAGGUUUUCCGGUACAAGAUAGCGGAAAAUAUGUUCUAUUCUGGCCGAGGGCGUAACACCUACAAUCUAGAGAUCAGUUUAUACGAUGGUUUUGGACGAGUCCCGGCUCCCGAUAGUUUUGUUAAAUUUAAUGAGAAAACAUUUGAAAUUAUUGGUCUUGCCGAAGAUCGUAAAUAUAUUCGUGAAAAUGAGUUUAAUUUGGUUGCUCGUGAUCGUGAAUCUGAAAAUGAAGCAUCAGAUGCUUUUGUCAUCGUCAUUGAAGAUCCAUGGAUCGAAGAGGAAAUUAGUUUCACCGUUACCAUUGGUAUUACAUUAAAUGAUAAAAUAGACAUUGAAGAUAAGCUUGACAUUGCUCAUCGAAUCUCGACCAUUAUGUUCAAAGAUCCCGAUACAAGUUCAUUGCGAAUUUUGAAGAUUGUCAAACGUGAUUACACUUUAAUGCAAAGUGGUUAUUAUACUGGUACUGAUGCAGCUAAAAAUCCUAACCUAUCAGAUGUUGACGAUGAAGAGAAUACAAUUGAACGUAGUAAACGUUCAGAACCUUAUGAUAAUUCAAUCGAUGAAGGAUCAAUUCAUACAAUGUAUGAAUAUGUUUGGACAAAUAAAACUGAACCAUUACUUGCAAAAGGAGGUGAAUGUCCAUCAACCGAUAUUCAGGAUUAUAUUUUAUCAAAAUUAUUCCAACCUGAGAGUAACUUUGAAACUUGGGAUGAAAAAUUUGCCGAUAAAUAUCGAGUCAUGUCAAUUGAAUUUAAACCAGUGGGUAAAUGUUCAAAUUACAUGACAAAUCGUGAAAUGUAUCGUGAUAACAUGAAGCCCAACAUUAUACCAGAAAAAGAUUUAAAAUCUCAACCCAAUGAUAAUGUUAACUAUGGACAACCGGCAUCUAAAGACUAUGAAGUUCAUGCAAAUGAGUUAGAUGAUUAUUAUUUACGAACAAUUAUUCCCGCAAUUGGUACAGUUGCCAUUUUACUUGUAGUUCUUUGUGUGAUUGUUUGUAUUCUAGUUAAAUGUCGUAAAGAUAUUGACAAGAAUCGUUUCGAUAUGACCAUUAGACCAGGAAUCGAUGGUUAUCCAACAGAAGUUGAUGCAUUUAUCCAAAAGGGUCGACGACCAGUGAUAUUACAAUCAGAUUAUCAGCAACAUUUACCCAUGAAUUCAAUGAUGGUCACUUAUAAUCCAGUUCGUCAACAAACAUAUUCAAUGGCAAAUGUUAAUAAAAACUCGUAUCAUGCUCUAGCUCACGCAGUUGAACAACAGCGACGUCAACCACCACCAUACAGAUGAACAUUUCUUUUUCUACUUUAACCAAUGGUGUUUCUUAAAUUAAUUUGUAUAUAAAAAGGAAACUUGAAAACUCGAGACAAUCUUCUGGUCAUUAACUAUCAUCACUUUAUUCUGGUCUUCAUAAUCAUCGCCCAUAAACAACACGGACACACACAUCAAACUAAUCAUUAACUUUUUUUGGUGAUACUAAAGCGAUUCAAUUAUAACCAGAUCUUAUUUAAUUAUCUGAAUGGUCAACAACAAUAACAACAAUGGUCAAUAGCUACUACUACCAAUUUGUUAUGGCAACUAAUUGCAUUGUUACUAUAAAAAAUCAUCAUAAUGAUCAUCAUCAGUGAAACUGCCUUUUCUUUUUGUUAAGAAAUCAUCAUAUUCAUAUCUCUCUCUCUCUCUCUCUCUCUCUUUCUCUCUCUCUCUCUCUCUCACUCUCUCAUAUCAUCAACCACCUUUACUUAAUCAGCAAUAUCUACCUGUUUGUGCCAAGUGUUUCCUGUCUGCAUUUUAUGUUCAUAUAAUUUUCUGGGCUUUUUUUAAUAAUCAACAAUAAUUAUCCAAUGACCAAUAUUCUGAGUCACUAAUUGAUUAAUUUAAUCAAUAAUCAUUAGAAAGGCUAAUCACCUUUAGAUAAACGCCUCGAUAACAACGAUUAUAUUCAAUAUUUGGUGGAGAAAAAAAAUUAUCAUUUAUCAUCAACAAUUCGGAUUGCAUGAAGUUAAGCAGCGAAAAUUACAAGCUACAAAAAAAGUUUAUGACUUUAUCACAAUUAAAUGAUUUUAAUUUAUUUAAUUUGUUUCAAUUAUGAUGAUAAGGUGCCUAAUGGGUCCUCAAUGCAAUCAAUCAUCGCUGGUGAAAAACAAUGUUAACUCUAAUCAACUUUAAUUA